GAGAAUGUCAAAUGUGAAAUUUUAUUUUAUUUUAGACAAGAAAAUGAGAUGAUGUUAGAACAGAGAUUAAGACAUCAACAAGCUAUGGAAGAAUCGAGAAAAAGUCAUCAGAAAGCCAGUAAAUAUCUCAACCAAACUUUAGCUAAAUUAAAGUCUGAAAAAGAAGAAAAUCGCAGUAAUUAUAAAAAUAAUAUGACACGUAAAAUAGAUAUGUUGUUAAAACUUAAGAAAGAUAUCGCUCUUAAUAAGGAGAAUAUGAAAGCUGUAAGAUCUCGAGAUAAAGCUCUAGAAAAAGAGAGAAAUCUUCAAGAAGAAAUGGAACGAGAGAAAAUUCUAAAACAAGGCGGCAACGCUGAUGAAAUUUUACUGAUUAAAAAAAGAAUGAAUGAAUUUGAAAAACAGAAACAGAAAUUUGUGACAGAUCAGAAAGAUAAGAAAAGUGAGAUUAUGAAGAAAGUUUUAAGAGAAGAGGCGAGGAUGGAGAAGAGAAAACGAGAACAAUCAUAUCUGUGGAUUGAUUCCAGAUCACAGAAAGAUAAGGUUUCAAAAUCUUGGCGAUUGUUGUUUUGUUUAUACUUGACCUCUAUUUAUAGCUUUCUGAAUGCAGAGGUGCCACUCACUAAUUGCAAUAAAAGUUUAUCACAUUUAGUUUCAAGUAUGUAUCAAUGUGUGAAUACUGAAUUAAGCGUUUUUCAUUCCGUUGAUAUUCCAGAAGAUACAGUGAGCCUAGCGAAACCCGAGUUUGAUGGAUUGUGGGAUAAACAUAAACCUUACCACGUUCCUAAAGAUCUGGACACACAAUUAAAAUUACCAGGUAGCAGCAAGAUGGAAAAAGAAAUAAUGCAGAAAGUUUUAGAGAAACAUCGUGAAGGUAUCACUAUCAAACAAGUCGCGGCUGGUCGAGAAUUUACUGGAUGUCCUUUCUACAGUAAACCUGAUAUUAUACACUUUAAGAAUUUUGAUAUAGGAGAGAAGUAUAAGAAGAGAGUUAUUUUAACUAACGUAUCAUACUCUGUUAAUUAUUGUAAAUACGUCAACAUUACAGAAAAACUUAAAGAUUUUAUCAAAAUAGAUUUUGAUCCGCCUGGUCAGAUGUCAGCUGGGUUAACUUGUGAAAUCUUUGUUACAUUUAAACCAAUGAUCAAUGAAGAUUUAGAAGGUGAAGUUAAUUUCUUGUCUCAAACUGGGCCGUUUUCUAUUCCACUUAAAUGUACCACUAAAAAAUGUGAUGUUAAAAUAGAUACAACGUUAGUUGAUUUUGGUGUAACUGUUAUCGGUGAAAUGUUAAAAAGAUCAGUAACUCUUACUAAUAAAGGUGCCAUGGCAACCAAAUUUGAUUUCUUCAAACUAUAUAAUUAUCAAUAUUCUGCAUUUAUAGAUCUAGAAAAGAUUAUAGAAACCAGUCCUGAUGUAGCCAGCCUAGCUGUUGGUGAGGUUACUGCUAGUGGUGUUGUAAAAGAGGGAGAAGAGUUAUCAUCACCUGCCGUACCUGAUACAGAGGAUGAUUUAAAACCUCCAGAACCAGGUUUGUCUACGAUUAAUCCACUUGUUAGCUUUAGGACAUCUCGCAACUCUGAAAAGACAAUUUAUGGUAUGAAAGUUGGCAGUGUAGUAUCAGGAGAAAUAAAGGAGUUCUCAUCAGUUAAACUAGAGAUAUUCUGGCAACCAACAAUACCUGGUCCAGUAGACACAGAAUUUCUCAUUUCUUUCUCAGAUCCUCUAUCUGAAGGGAUAUCUGUAAGAUCGGUAGCUAAAGCUAUAGAUGUACCAGUUUGGGUUGAAAGACCAACUAUAGAUGUUAAAAUCUGUAUGUUUAAUAGACUCUAUCAAGAUACUAUAGUUGUUAAUAACAGAGCCACUACAGCUUUGAGAUUAAAAUUUGAAAUUUGUAAAGAAUUAGAAAAUCAUUUAGAAUUAUUACCUAAAACAGGUUAUAUACAGGCCCAGGCACAGUUUUCAGCUCAACUUAAAUUUCUACCAAGACCAAGUUUAUUUGAAGAAAGUUGUAAAUAUUUUGAUAAAGAAACGGGUGUUUUAGAAGCUCCAAUGACAAUCAGAGUAGCUGAUCAGACACAACCAGUAAUGUUUAUGUUGGUUGCCGUAGUAACUAAUUCUGAUAUAGAGUUUGAUAUUAAAGAUAUAGAUUUUGGUAACGCCUCUAUUUAUGAGUCUGUUAAAACUUCCGUUAAAAUGACCAAUAAAUCUAUCCUACCUCAAGAUUUUGGUUUUCUUGGUCUGCCGGAGUAUGUAGAGGUACAACCUAAUGAUGGUUUUGGAACUCUACUACCACUAGAAACUAUAGAUUUAGACGUUAUUUUCAGUCCUAAGAAAGCUAGAGAUUAUAAAUUUGAACUGACUUGUAAAUCUAUGAUUAACAGAGAUUUUAAGAUUCAAUGUAAAGGAGUAGGUGUUCAUCCACCAUUAGAAUUAUCUCAUCAAGUUCUUCAUUUUGCUGCUACUUCACUGUACGACGUAUCUUCUACAGCUUUCCAUGUUAUUAACUCUCAUACUAGUAAUAAUGAAUAUACACAUCCUGUACCUAGAAUUGGAAAAGGAGAGAUUGCCCCAGUUGGUCCAACAUCAUUUGAGUUUGUGACGCCACCAGAUUGUCCGUUAACUAUUUCACCAUCAAAAUGUAGAAUUCAAGUUCGAUUUUCACCAACUUUAAAAGAAGAAAUCAUUCGUAAAGAAGCUGUUAAAAUGGCCACCAAACAAAUGGAAGCAGACGCACAGAGAGAAUAUGAAGAGGCUUUAAAGAAAGAAAAAGAACUUCAAGAACAAGCUCAGGUAAGCUAA